UGGAUAUUGAAUAUUGCGUAAAACAGCGGAGGGUUUGUGUCUUGCGAUACGUACCUUAUCGAAAAUCCACAACACGCUGAGGAGAAAUAUCGCAGACUCAGUGUCUCAACAACACAGAUGGUUUGCGAAAAGUGCGAGAGGAAACUGGGCAAAGUAAUAACUCCUGAUCCCUGGAAAGCUGGUGCACGGAACACAGUCAGUGGUGGUGGGAGGAAACUUAAUGAAAAUAAACUACUAACUAGUUCCAAAAAUCGAUUUAGUCCUUACUCUAAUGCGUUCCCAAGAUGCAGAAUAUGUGCUCAAACCGUACAUCAGCCAGGUUCCUAUUACUGUCAACAGUGUGCAUUCAAGAAAGGUAUUUGUUCUAUGUGUGGUGUACGUCUGGUUAAUACAACGCAGUAUAACCAGUCAGCUGCCUAGUUGGACUUUUUGGGACAUUUAAAGUUCUAUUUCUGAUUUUUCAAAAACAUGUGUAAAAUUAGUGUAAAUAACAUUAUUUAUUUCUCAAUCUGUUUGUUUGCUAACUUUAUGAAAACUCGAGUGUUUAUUUAAUUUGCAUAUCAGGAGAAUUUCAAGUCAAAUCUCAAAAUAAAGUUGAUUUUUAUUUGCUUG